AUGCUGACAACACAGUCGGGAAGUUCAGGAACCACUUCCCAGAACGAUAAAGGGCCGGCGGGGUGCAGCGGUGCUCGGGGGGGAAGACGGCGCGACAGCUGCGCGCGCGUCGCUCACCCCGCACCACAAGCCAUUCCGUCGCAGAACGCCGCGAGAUGCACACUUAAAAAUGAUGAAGUAUUCAUUCACGUAUCUGGAGGAGCGUGUCCGUACAGAAGCGACGAACCAUCGAAGGACGCGAGUCGGGCGCGGCGCAGGAGCGGCCGUCGGCAUCCUUUGUCCGGGAGGCCCGUGUGGCUGGGCGGUGACUGGGGCUAUAUUCGGUUAAGUGCGAUAUUGCACCAGUCCCGGCCUAUCCAAGCGGGCCCGGCCAUCGAAGACCGCUAUACAGGCACUCAGCAUCCGCGGCGCGCAGUCCCGUUACCCGGCCGGUCGGUCGUUCACUGCGGUGGCCACGCUUAG